GCUCGGGACGUGUAUGAGGAGGCUGUCCGCACCGUGAUGACUGUGCGAGACUUCACCCAGGUGUUCGACAGCUAUGCCCAGUUUGAGGAGAGCAUGAUCGCGGCAAAGAUGGAGACUGCCUCUGAACUGGGGCGCGAGGAGGAGGAUGACGUGGACCUGGAGUUGCGCCUGGCCCGCUUCGAGCAGCUCAUUAGCCGGUGGCCCCUACUCCUGAACAGCGUCCUGCUGCGCCAGAACCCACACCAUGUCCACGAGUGGCACAAGCGUGUGGCCCUGCAUCAGGGCCGCCCCCGGGAGAUUAUCAACACGUACACAGAGGCUGUGCAGACAGUGGACCCCUUCAAGGCCACAGGCAAGCCCCACACACUGUGGGUUGCAUUUGCCAAGUUUUAUGAAGAUAAUGGACAGCUGGAUGAUGCCCGUGUCAUCCUAGAGAAGGCCACCAAGGUGAACUUUAAGCAAGUGGAUGACCUGGCAAGCGUGUGGUGCCAGUGUGGGGAGUUGGAGCUCCGGCAUGAGAAUUAUGAUGAGGCCUUGAAGCUGCUGCGGAAAGCCACAGCGCUGCCUGCCCGUCGGGCUGAGUACUUUGAUGGUUCGGAGCCCGUACAGAACCGUGUAUACAAGUCACUGAAGGUGUGGUCCAUGCUUGCCGACUUGGAGGAAAGUCUGGGCACCUUCCAGUCAACCAAGGCCGUGUACGACCGGAUCCUGGACCUGCGCAUAGCCACACCGCAGAUCGUCAUCAACUACGCCAUGUUCCUGGAGGAGCACAAGUACUUCGAGGAGAGCUUCAAGGCAUAUGAGCGUGGCAUCUCGCUGUUCAAGUGGCCCAACGUGUCAGACAUCUGGAGCACCUACCUGACCAAAUUCAUUGCCCGCUAUGGGGGCCGCAAGCUGGAGCGCGCACGGGACCUCUUCGAGCAGGCACUAGACGGCUGCCCACCCAAAUAUGCCAAGACCCUGUACCUGCUUUACGCACAGCUGGAGGAGGAGUGGGGCCUUGCCCGUCACGCUAUGGCUGUGUACGACCGCGCUACCCGGGCAGUGGAGCCAGCCCAGCAGUAUGAUAUGUUCAACAUCUACAUCAAGCGGGCUGCUGAGAUCUAUGGCGUCACCCACACUCGUGGCAUCUACCAGAAGGCUAUUGAGGUACUGUCCGAUGAGCACGCCCGUGAGAUGUGCCUGCGGUUUGCAGACAUGGAGUGCAAGCUUGGUGAAAUCGACCGAGCCCGAGCUAUCUACAGCUUCUGCUCCCAGAUCUGUGAUCCCAGGACCACUGGGGCAUUCUGGCAAACAUGGAAGGACUUUGAGGUUCGGCACGGCAAUGAGGACACCAUCAGGGAGAUGCUGAGGAUACGUCGGAGUGUGCAGGCCACAUACAAUACUCAGGUCAACUUCAUGGCUUCACAGAUGCUCAAGGUGUCAGGCAGUGCCACAGGCACCGUGUCUGACCUGGCUCCUGGGCAGAGCGGCAUGGAUGACAUGAAGUUGCUGGAGCAGCGGGCAGAGCAGCUCGCAGCUGAGGCUGAGCGGGACCAGCCUCCAAGGGCCCAGAGCAAGAUCUUCUUUGUGAGGAGCGAUGCAUCCAGGGAGGAGCUGGCAGAGCUAGCUCAGCAGGCCAACCCCGAGGAGAUCCAGCUGGGCGAGGACGAGGAUGAGGAGGAGAUGGACCUGGAGCCCAAUGAAGUCCGACUGGAGCAGCAGAGCGUGCCAGCUGCUGUGUUCGGGAGCCUAAAGGAAGACUGACAUCCUCCACGCUUUGUCCUCCGUGGUCCCUCCCCCUAACCACCUUGUAAUACAGCCCCUCUUUGUACAUCA